CUGAGCUUUACAGUCUGUGGGCUGCUAUUAAUCAUACUCAUCUUAUCAGUGAGCAACAGAAAGAAAAACAUCCCUACAGAAAAUGAUGCCACGUUCUUUCCAUUCCUGUCGUCUGACGGCGCCGAAUUCCAGACUGGCUCUGCAGGCUCUCAUCCAACAGGAUCGCUCUAUCUCCGCCGUGUUUCUCCCACCACCUCUUCUGCUGUCCCGCCGUCUUUCCACCUCUCACUCGACCCCCAACCUCCCAUCUCUCGAGAGGUGGAAGGAAUGUGUCGGGCCCUUUGCCCUUACCGUGCAAAUUACUGGGAAAUGAAAGCUUUCUAUUCUUUGACAGGUAAUGAUGGCUGGUCAGAAAACAGGUGGAAGAGAAACUCUUAUCGCUGUUAAUCUCUGAUGUUUGAUGUGAACGUCCUUGAUCCUUCUCCUGCGGCCCACUGACCUUUGACCCUUUGACGACACCUGAAGAGUUAAGAUGAUUUUGAAACACACACUGUUCCUUAACAUCAGGAAUGAAAUGACUUCUGUCCAGGUGGAGUUGUGACUUCAGUCCCUGGAUUCCCUCUCAUGCAGCUCAGAUUCAUUCAUCACACAUACUUCUCAGCAUCAUCAAUGUGACAUCAUUGUCCGCUUCUUAGCAGCUCUUAGGAAACCUCCGGGAAUCCAUAUUGCCACCGGCCAACAUCCUCUGGAAAAACAUCUGGGAGAAACUCAACAAUAAACCAGUGAUUUACACCAAUUAGAUAAUCCCAACAGGACAAAUUCUGGGUCAAGCGCCCGCCUGCCCUCCUACGCUCCCUGUCAGGCUCAGGUGAGUGGGAUAGUCUGUUGGCAAGUAACGGGUUAGCGUCUGUCUCCCCCCUACACCUCGUCUCAUCCCUUCACCCCCCUUUAUCUCCGAGGGCUAUAUAUUGGAGGUCGUGACUCGUCUGCAUCUUAAGCAUCACUCGCACCCGCAGACACACAAACCCAACGUGUCUGGUUCACUGAGCGACAGCGCAGAAGAGGAGAAGACUAGCGAUGAGGUCCCUGCUGAAGCUGCUUGUGAUUCUGUUUUGCGUCCAGAGGGGAGAGGGCCGCUGGAUGAGGUCACUGAUCGAUCAGACACAGGAAACACCGUCUCCACACAUGUCUCCAAAUGCAGACAGAAGAAGUGGAUAUCCAGCUGAAGAAGACAGUCAAACAGAAGCUUCCGGAGUCGAGCCAUCACCCAAUCCCAUCAUCCCAAUGCGAGUCCGCUCACGCCGCUCGACUCUAGACGCCCAGUGCGGCCUGCGCUCCAUCUUGCUGCAGGUCCGGGACCUCGGGCUCGGCUACGACUCGGACGAGACCGUCCUGUUCAAGUACUGCAGUGGGACGUGUCCCCGGGUUCGCUCCAACCAUGACCUCACCCUCACUAACCUGCUGCUCAGUGGGGUGCUCCCCCACCCGGCACCCGGGGAGCAGUGGCACAACACGCCCUGCUGCAGGCCCACCCACCACGAGGACAUGGCCUUCCUGGACAACUCGCACCGCUGGCACAAGGUGGAGAAGCUGUCGGCCGCCGGCUGCAGCUGUGUGGGUUAGAUCGCUCAGAGUAGAAGGGAGAAGGAUGGAGUUGAAAGGGUGGGGAGGGGAGGAUGGUGUGUAUGACAGUUUGAUGACAAAGCGAUUCCGAGGGGACAAGUUUGCUGCCUGUUUUUUUUUUGUAAACGUCUGUAAAUGAAGAGUUUAAUUCCACAAUGGAAGGAGGCUGAAACCUUUUCUUAGCAAAUGGGCAUAAAAUUAAGCUAUUGUCACUUUUAGGGGAAAACCUCAUGAAUCCAAUUUUUCUUUUGAAAUGUUAUAAGUGACCUUGUUGGACUCACUGCGAUAAUAAUUACUUUAUUUUUUAUUUUAUUUUAUUCUGAUAACAGUUGAGGUAUAAAAAAUGAAAGA